UCAUGACGUGCGGAAAAUAGCUUUUCAUGUGUUGCAUUGAAUCAAACCACCGCGGAGAUUUUAUUUCAUCGUUUUUUAUUUUCACUGAUUCCAGGCUUCCAAUCAGCUGUCUUUGAAUUGAACCCGUAAUCUUCCAUGAUUGGGACAUUUACGAUGUUUCGAUCCACUCACUGCCGGUUCCUGGGACAACUGAAAUGGCUGAAAGCUUCAACGAUUUCGUAGCAGGUUGGAUCGGCGGUGCGGCUGGUAUUAUCGUAGGAAGUCCGCUUGAUGUAUUAAAGGCACGACUGCAAGCGCCUCGAGCUGCAGGCCUCGAGACAUAUCCUAGUUUGUCAUCCUCAUCGUGGGGCACACUGAAACAGAUGGUGACAACAGAAGGGAUUGGUUCAUUGUUCAAGGGUGUUCUGGCACCAGUCACUGGUCUGGCUGGAUUGAACGCUAUUUUAUUCGUCUCUUAUGGCAGUCUUCUCAGAUGGAUGGAACAGCAGAGACAAACCGGUUCUUCUCAAUCCACCUUGACCGAAGUUUAUUUAGCAGGUUGUGGUGCAGGUGUCGCCUGCUUUCUCUUUUCUACGCCCACGGAUCUUAUUAAGAUUCAGGCCCAAGUCUCGCGUGAAACCAAAACAUCGUUGCAAGUGGCUAAAGAAAUUUAUGCUCGCAAUGGCCUCCGAGGUUUGUAUCAAGGAGGCUGGAUUACAAUUAUCCGUGAUGCUCCCAGUUAUGGUAUCUACUUUUGGGUGUAUGAAGGCAUGAAACGAAUCCUGGAAGUCAAUUCUGUGGAUAAUGUGAGCGGACAAGGUGCAUGGAAGCUCCUAUUGGCAGGGGGAAUGGCAGGGACGAUAUCCUGGGCAUCCAUUUAUCCUAUCGAUGUUGUCAAGUCAAGACUGCAAAUGCAAACAACACCGGCGAUUUCCUCCACUCAUUCUCAACAAAUUUCCACUUCCAUACCCAUCAGUACAGAAUCCACUGCAUUACCUGCAAGGUCCGAUCGCCCUUACACGUCAAUCAAGGAUUGCAUCGUCCGCUCUUAUCGAACCGAAGGCAUAAGUGUCUUCUUUCGAGGACUUUCGCCAACUAUUGUCCGUGGAUUCCCUGUGAAUGCGGUGACUUUUUGGGUAUACGAAGUAGUCAUGGAUAUGCUGAGCAAUUAACCUGACUACUAUGUAUCAUCGCUUGUUGCUUCACUACAUAUUCAUCAAAAUCGACCGUCCUAAACCGUCCUCAAUACGCUUCAUCCGUUUAACUUAGAAACAUGUGUAUUUAUAGCUCAUACUGUAGACUUUUUUUGGGGAGUUAGAUAUGUAAAAUCUUUUCACCGUUUCUCACUGAUUUCUCUGGACCGCUUUUAAAUUUGUUUUUGGCGCGUAGCAAGU